AUGGCUCUCCAACCCCGAAGAGUUCGGCUGAAGCCCUGGCUGGUGGCCCAGGUGGACAGUGGCAUGUACCCUGGGCUUGUCUGGCUACACAGGGAAUCUAAGUGCUUCCAGAUUCCCUGGAAACAUGCAACUCAACAUAGCCCUCAACAUGAGGAGGAGAAUACUAUCUUCAAGGCCUGGGCUGUGGAAACUGGGAAAUACCAGGAAGGAGUUGAUGACCCUGACCCUGCCAAGUGGAAGGCCCAACUCCAAUGUGCUCUGAACAAGAGCCGGGAGUUCAACUUGAUGUACGAUGGCACCAAGGAGGUGCCCAUGAACCCGGUGAAGAUAUAUGAAGUCUGUGAUAUCCCCCAGCCCCAGGGUUCAAUUAUUAAUCCAGGGUCCACGGGGUCUGCUCCAUGGGAUGAGGAUAAUGAACUAGAUGAGGAAGAGGAAGACGAGCUAGAUCAGUCACAACCCCAUAUUCCCAUCCAGGAUGCCUUCCCUUUCCUGAACAUCAAUGGCUCUCCUAUGGCACCAGCCAGUGUGGGCAACUGCAGCGUGGGCAACUGCAGCCCUGAAGCAGUGUGGCCCAAAACAGAACACCUGGAAAUGGAAGUACCCCCAGCUCCCAUGCAGCAUGACUUCUUUAGUUCUCCAGAACUAUGGAUCAGCUCUCUCCCAAUGACUGAUUUGGACAUUAAAUUCCAAUACCGUGGGAAGGAGCUGGGGCAGACAACGGUGAGCAACCCUCAGGGCUGCCGACUCUAUUAUGGUGAUCUGGGGCCCAUGCCAGACCAGGAGGAGCUUUUUGGUCCUAUUAGCCUGGAGCAGGUGAAGUUCCCUGGACCAGAUCAGAUCACUAAUGAAAAGCAGAAGCUGUUUACCAGCAGGUUGUUGGAUGUCGUGGACAGGGGACUGAUCUUGGAAGUCAGUGGCCAUGCCAUUUAUGCCAUCAGAUUAUGCCAGUGCAAGGUGUACUGGUCUGGGCCAUGUGCCCCUUCACUUGUAGCCCCUAACUUGAUUGAGCGGCAAAAGAAGGUCAAGCUAUUCUGCCUGGAAACCUUCCUCAGUGAACUCAUUGCCCGCCAGAAAGGACAAAUAGAGAAACAUCCACCUUUUGAGAUUUAUUUGUGCUUUGGGGAAGAAUGGCCUGAUGGGAGGAAGCUCAUUGUGGUCCAGGUUAUUCCAGUGGUUGCAAGGAUGAUCUAUGAGAUGUUUUCUGGCGAUUUCACCUGGUCCUUUGAUAGUGGCAGUGUCCGCCUGCAGAUCUCAACUCCGGAUAUCAAAGAUAAUAUCGUUGCCCACCUGAAGCAGCUAUACCGCCUCCUCCAGACCCAGGAAAGCUGGCCUCCCAUUAACCCUCCUCCCCUCAACAUGCAUAUGACCCCUGCCCUACCAGCUCAGUGA